GGUGAGGCGGCCGCGGGAGCGCCGGCCGUGGCCAUGGGCACCCUGGGCAAGGCGAGAGAGGCCCCGCGGAAACCGUGUCAUGGCUGUAGAGCUGCCACUAAAGCAAGACUAGAGGCGAAGCCAGCCGGCAGCCCCGUCCCCUCCCAUCCCAGCCUGGCCCAGAUCACCCAGUUCCGAAUGAUGGUGUCUCUGGGACAUUUAGCCAAAGGAGCCAGCCUGGACGAUCUCAUUGACAGCUGCAUUCAAUCUUUCGAUGCAGAUGGAAACCUGUGUCGAAGUAACCAACUGUUGCAAGUCAUGCUGACCAUGCACCGAAUUAUCAUUUCCUCUGCUGAGCUGCUCCAAAAAGUUAUCACCCUCUAUAAGGACGCCUUGGCAAAGAACUCACCAGGGCUUUGUCUGAAGAUCUGCUAUUUUGUAAGGUACUGGAUAACAGAAUUCUGGAUCAUGUUUAAAAUGGAUGCCAGCUUGACAAACACUAUGGAGGAGUUUCAGGAGCUGGUGAAGGCUAGUGGUGAGGAGUUACACUGCCACCUGAUUGACACAACUCAAAUCAAUGCCCGGGACUGGUCGAGGAAACUGACCCAAAGGAUAAAAUCAAACACCAGCAAGAAACGUAAGGUUUCCCUGCUCUUUGAUCACCUGGAGCCCGAGGAGCUGUCGGAGCACCUCACCUACCUGGAGUUCAAGUCCUUCCGGAGGAUAUCACUCUGGGGAGUGAUCAAACAAGGAUAUCGAUGUAAAGACUGCGGGAUGAACUGCCACAAACAGUGCAAAGAUCUGGUUGUGUUUGAGUGCAAGAAGCGAGCCAAGAACCCAGCAGCUCCCACAGAGAACAGCACCGCUGGAGGGCCAACAUCCAGCCUUUGCUCACUGGGAGCCAAAGACCUGCUCCAUGCACCUGAGGAAGGGCCUUUCACAUUCCCUAAUGGGGAGGCAGUGGAACACAGUGAGGAAAGUAAAGAUCGGACCAUCAUGCUCAUGGGAGUGUCCUCACAGAAGAUUUCUGUUCGGCUGAAGAGGACUGUCGCCCACAAGGCCACCCAGACGGAAUCACUGUCUUGGCUUGGCAGUGAGGGUCCUUCUGGGACCUUGAUGCUGUCCUCCCCAAGGAAGACAGCCCAGGAUACUCUGUAUGUGCUUCCCAGUCCCACAUCUCCAUGCCCCAGCCCCGUCUUGGUCAGAAAGCGGGCUUUUGUCAAGUGGGAGAAUAAAGAAUCCCUCAUAAAAUCAAAGGAGGAUCUCCGUCAUCUCAGACUCCCAACUUACCAAGAGCUGGAACAGGAAAUAAAUACCCUGAAAGCAGAUAAUGACGCUCUAAAGAUCCAACUGAAAUAUGCACAGAAGAAAAUAGAAACCCUCCAACUUGCAAGAAGCAAUCAUGUCUUAGCUCAAAUGGAGCACGGUGACUGUUCUUAGCCCAGAAACUGAAGAAGCACAAUGUGUAGAGGAGUAUAUCAGAGAUCUCUUAACUAAAAUGAGUAACACAAACACCUGGGGAACCUUAGAUCGACCAGUUAUUUUAAAAGGGUACUUUAAAACAGAAAAGCUUUUUUUUUUUUUUUUUUACUUGAAAGACUCCUCAUGAGUGGAACUGUCUUCUCUUCCAGUCAGUUGAGUCAAAGGGUAGGAAGGCUGAAGAAUGUAGAAUUUUUGCCAUUCACACCAUAAACUUUUUUUUCCCCUGGAACUAAUACCAACAGCUUGAUAAAAAUAGGACUACAGAUUUCUGACAAGGUUGCUUCUCCUAUGUGGCCUGUGUAGCUACUUCUUCCUCAGAACUAAAAUCCCUGGAAAAUUAAUUUGCUUCCUUCUGUGGGUUUUCUGUGAACUGAAAGAUUUAUUUUAUUCCAUCCAAAGCUUGCUUACCGUGGGAAGAGACUCACAUUCCAAAAAUAGACUCACUUCCUCUAUAUUCCAGAAUUCUUUUCGAAUCCGGUUCCCACUUCACUACCUCAGAUAUCUAAUCAAUUAGCCUUCUCCCACUCCUUCCUCACUAGGCUCAUACUCACAUGAGGAUAUCUCAUUUAAGGUUAAAUUUAAGGUUGUCCUUUCUCUGUAGCUUUUGUCUUUAAUCCAACAGUUCUAAGAAAACUAGCAAAUAAAGAACUUUGAAGUUGUGCAUGAAAUUGAUAUAGUUCAAAGUUCAAAACAAUGAGGAUAUCUAUCUAGAAGUAAACUUCUAGAGAUGGAGCCACAAAUUUGGGGGUGGGGGAGGGGACUAAGACAUUAUCCAAUUACAGGUCAACUCACAGUUUUAGUCUCACAGUCGUAAGUAGGCAAACUAAACACCUGGAAACAUAGCUAAUACCACCUAAUACACGACCGGCCAGGUAGCUAAAAAAAACCUGCCAACGUGGUAUUUGUCCUCAUAUACCUACACUGGGAUAGAAUUAGAAAUUUAUGGCCUUUUGAAAGAAUCUGUUUAACUUUUCAUGUGCCAUCUUUAUCUUUUUUUUUUUUUUUGAAGUAACUAUUUUGAACUGAUUUUGUGCUAUACUGUCUUCACUAUUAAUAUUAUUUAGAAAUAAGCUAACUGGAUCAGAGGCUUCAAUAAGACCUGAGAACGUGUAUAUGUGUAUAUAUUAUGUAUAUACAAUAUCAAGCAUGCAUGUGACUUGGAAUUUUGUUUCCUCCUUCAUAAAAUGUGGGGGUGAAUUAAACAACUUUGUCAUUUACACAAAUCCACAAAGUUAGUUUGUUAUAAGAUAAAGAAAUUGCUCACAAUGUAAGAUGUACUGUUCAGCAAAAUCACAAUGGAGUCCUAUGAGUUUUCUAUUAAUGAAGGUUAAUGAUAAAUGGGCUCAUUAAAUUGGGCAACUGUUUACAAACUCCCGAUCUAUAUGAUUUCUCUAAAAAGUUCAUGUAAUCAUUUUCUUUUUGAGGGGAACUUACCUUCCAUGCUUGGAAAGCUUGGUACCAAGCAUACUUGAAAUUCAUACGCAAGUUGACCAACUGCCAAGAACAUAAUCUCAACAAUUAAGUUUGAAACCUAAAACCAACAACACCAAAUCUUAUUCAGAAUACAAAGUAUAUACAGUGUAAUUUCCUUGGAGGAUUCAGAUCAUUUAAGAAGUUUAUCUGAUGAAAGACCAGUUUCCAUUUGCAUACACCUCCUUGUACUGAGCUUUAGUGACAAAACUAGUGAGUGGCUUUCAGUUAGUGUUUUAAAGAAUUACUUUAUGCACAAAUUUACCCUUUCCUAAUUCCAAAUUCAGAAAUCCCCAGAGCAGGCUGCUUAGGUCCAUCACCUGGUAUAUAAGUUAAGAAGCACUUUGUCCACAUAAGUAGCAAACAUGAAUUUAUGAUAAUCUUAAAAUUCAUGUUCUUCACUAUUAUUCUUUCCCUCUGAUACAGACCAAAGGUGGUACAGCUCAUUUCUUUAUAAACACAGUCAUGUAACACAAUUUUUCAUUCUCCUUACCCUCCAUCCAAAAUACAGACCCCAGUUAACUCCUGUGUACAUAUUCUGUAAUCCUAAAAUUCCAAAGGUCAGAGCUCCCUUAAUCAAAUUAAUAUGGCUAGAGGGUCUUAAGCAUUCCAGAAUUUAUCACUAAAAUGGGCAGGAAGCAGUAGUUUUAUCACAAGUUUUUACAGUCCAGCAAGGGCCAAAGAUGAAUAGCAUGUAAAUUAAUAUUUGCAUUGAGCUACAUGGGAUUAGUAGAAUCUACAGAAAUAAUCUGGAAAAAAUUUUUGGUUUGUCAAGCCUAGGAUACAAACUUUUAUGUCUUAUACUGACUUGAAAUAUGUUUGAGCACAUAUUUAUCUGUCAAAACAAGGACAAAUCUUGUUUUGUCAACAGCAAUGUCACUUAUUUUCUUUGGUAACUGACUUGCCUUUUUACUGACCGUUUGUGAAUUUCUGUCUAAGGAUCUAUAAUGUAAAAGAACUGCAAGGAAAAAACAAGUGUACAGAUUGUAAAGGGUUUUUUUUUUUUUUUGAUACCUAAUGUAAGUUUUCUUUGUGUAAUAUUUAUAUGAUAAAAGACAUUAGGAUCCCUACCACAUAGCUGUCUUGUGUUUCUUCUAGUUCAUGAAUAUGUAGAAGCUUCUCUUAAAAAAUCUAUAAUCCAAAGCUGACAAUACUUGCCUAUUCUAUUAACCAAACUGGGUAUUCCUGGAAGGAAAAGCAAAGCAAUUAUUCAGUGUAAGUUUUUCUCAAUCUUUUUAUAACAUGAAGUAACAGUACAGAAAUAUUCAACCUUUUCCUAUCUUACUGCAUAAGGACUUACAGCGGUCCCCAAAUAUUAAGCCUAUAAAUAACUUAUGAAGGAGACAAAUUUAAGGUUGUCCUUUCUCUGUAGCUUUUGUCUUUAAUUCAACAGUUCUAAGAAAACUAGCAAGUAAAGAACUUUGAAGUUGUGCAUGAAAUUGAUAUAGUUCAGUCCAAUGUAGACCACCCAAAGCAAUUCAUUUGUGUUCAUGACUACUCAGAGUGAUUAAGAGAUAGCUAUGACUUCCUCUUAAUCCCCAACUUCUGUUUAACCAGACCAAUGAAGAAUUCCAAAUUCCACUAUGGAAUGCAUUCUGCUACAUUUGGAUGUGGGUGUAUUUAUCCUUUUGGCAAUUCGUAACACUUCAUACAAAAUAAGUCACAAUGACAACCUGACCCUGAAGGAGAGAUUAAACUGCCUCCUUUCUUUCAUCCCCAGAUUCCAUCCCAAAUUUAUCUAUCCUGUGCUUCUUAUAAGGUAUCAUCUCAUUGCUCAGAACAUUUCCUGGUCACAAAUCUUUUCUGGGUUUAUCAUACCUUCU